UUCUAUGCGUUUGGAGAGGUGCUGCAAUUUGUCAUGACUGUCUUAUGGAAAGCAACACUCACUUAAAUCGUUCGGCAAAGAGUCUGCCAAAAUAAUGGCGUCCUUUGCGACAGAGGAUGAGAGUGUCGCUGACCUCUUUGUCCAGCCGAACUUCUGGAAGUCGUCCAUGCUACUGGACUCACCUACACCCCUGGCGAAAGACUUCUUCGACCUCUCCGACACAAACAGAAUAGGCCCCAUCGUGAGCGGCACACUGAGCCUUCCGGAUGAUGGUUAUUUCAAGCUUCCGCCGGAUCUCAACACUGAAUCCAGGCCCGAAAGUACGGCAGACGAUGAGGCGGUAAACAUCGACCACGGGUCGUUAAAAAGCCCACACUCAGAAUUUGAGGUUGACCCCUGGAUGUUCCAUCAAGAUGCUGCCCCAGAAGCUGCGAAUUUCAAGACGUGGGAUGGAUUCGAUGUCCCUGAAGCGCAACUCAACCCACCACUCUUCAUCACAGAAGCUGGCACGGAUGCAUACGAUUCCUACUUGGCUUCGGAAAACAAUCCAUGUGGCAUCCGAUCUCAUGAAUCCCACAAGACGCUGGACCCCAACGCCUAUUCUGCCUGUCUACUUGCGAUGGCACUUGGCCGCGACUCCGUCUUGUUCUCAUGGAAUGCCGAAAAGAAGACUUUCCAGUCCUCACUACCCUUAUCUAAAGCUCCUGGUUACUCAACAGAAUCUCUCUCUGCUAUCUUAGCUCUUUGUACUUCCUGUGGUCAGGCCUGUCGCCGUCUCCGCUCAUUCAUAGACAAGACAUACUCGUCAAGUGCAAGCCCACCCCGGGUCGCGCUUGCGAACGCCCUGGAUAGCCUGCUACUUGUCGUACAGGAUGAGCUUGGACGUCGUGGCUUGAUGACAAUUUCGAUCCUUCAAUUGCAGUCACUUGUUCGCCCAACCUACCGACUUCUUUCAUAUUACUACAGACUCGUUAUCAAGAUCAAGAGGUCGACCAACGACGCAGAUUUGCUCUCUCUUAUCUACAACGAGGCCCAGUCAGCAGAGAUGAGCGAACCAGUCCUGAGAGACACUAUGGGUCAGAUACUUCGCAUCGUCUCGACGCCAUGGACGGAAUUCGUUGAAGAAUGGAUUGGUCUGAGACCGGAAGAGGGCACACGAAUUAACAAGUCUGGCCCGGGAAAGGGCUUCGUGAAGGUUGAGAAUAACACGUGGAUAGAUGAUCAAGGUUUCGAGCUGGAAGAGCCCGAUUAUGUUUUGGACUCGAACAACAUGCCCAGCUUCGUCCCUGACGAUGUUGCUGAGGUCAUUUUUGAGACUGGAAAGAAUAUUCGAUUUCUCCAGGAGAGCCAUCCUGAGCACCCAAUGGCGUCCAUCAGGAUCACUAAUUCGACUACCGUGCCGAAACUUGAGUGGCAGUAUGAUUGGGAGUCCAUCACGAGGGUGGAAGAAAAGGCACUCGAGUAUCAACGUGUCGUGCUGGACCUGCUCCAGAAGACGCAAGAUGCUGGCGGGACCACUCCGCAGCAUCGCCUCAAUAGCUUCAUGGACCAGUAUGACGGGCAACUCCAGGUCUUUGGCAAGAACGAGCAGGACCUACAACAGACAAUGCUAGCUUCCAUUGCGAACCUCGAACGACCGAUCGAGACCAAGGAGACAUGGAACCAAUUGUCUCACAUUCUUCGACAACACCUAUUCAACGACCAGCGCAACGGGGAGCCCACGGUUGCUGACUUCAGCCCUCACUGGUCUCUACUACCACUGUUAUCCUUCGGCCCAAUGGUACACACCCAAGCUCGGCUUGUGAAUCGCGAAUGUCUCAAGUUAUUGUUUAGUGAGCACGACUUACGGAAACAUCUUGCAGUUCAGAGAGCGUUCCAACUCUUUGGAAACGGCAUGUUCUCGAGCCGCCUUACGAACGCGCUGUUCAACCCCGACAUGGAGACGACCGAGAGACGGUCAGGCGUGUCGAGGUCUGGCGUCACCAUGGGCCUACGCCUGUCGAGUCGCGACAAUUGGCCACCAGCGAGUUCCGAGCUGCGGCUCGCACUGAUGGGCAUGCUUACGGAAAGUUACCAGCAAGAAAGCGGUGCCGAUGGCAACGGGCUGCCCGGGGACCUCAGCUUCGCCAUCCGGGAUCUUUCGACUGAGGAGAUGGAAAAGUGCAUGGACCAAGGGUCCCUCGAGGCCCUCGACUUCCUGCGCAUGUCUUACAAGCCUCCGCAGGCACUUGCACCAGUCAUUACUACCGUGUCGCUGCUCAAGUAUGACCGGAUAUUCAAGCUCAUGCUCCGCGUCUUACGCAUGCUGUUCGUGGUGGACCAGCUCUUCCGCGACAUAGUCUUGCAGGCGUCACACUGGGCAAACCUUCAGGAUGUGUGUGUGCGCUUCCGCGUGGAAGCCCACCACUUCGUCACCAACAUUGCCCGCUACUUCUUCGACAUAGGCAUCGACCAGCCAUGGCGCCGUUUCCAGGCGUGGUUGGACAAGAUUGAGAAUGGGCUUCAGGACUGCGGUCUUGACAAGAGUGCCGCGAUUGCGAGCCCAAAGAGGCUCGGGGAGGAGCAUGAACAGACCCUCGAUCACAUAGCGCAGGCGCUACUUCUCAGGAAGAAGCAGCAACCGGUUCUCAAGCUACUGGAAGAGAUCUUCGCACAGAUCCUACAAUUUGCCAGACAGGUACGAUCACAUGCGCCAAAUGACCAAGACUCUGAGGAAAUCAAGAGGAUGUACAGUGCCUUCCGUGAGAAGGUUGAGAUUUUCAUCACCGUGUGUAGAGGCAUGGGCGAGAAGGCUGGAUCGAGGAAUGAUAGGGAUGUUGCUGGGCGCUCGCAGGAGAGCGCACUUGCAAUGCUCGUGCUGAUGCUCGAUAUGUCAAAUUACUAUACAAAGCGCUAGGCGAAGCAAAGUGUAGACGGG